AUGACUUCGUUAUUGUUACAAUGUGCGUUGUUGGUCACGCUAGUGUCCACAUUUUAUAGUGCUCGUGCGUACGAUGUUGUACCCAAAAUCAGAAGUGCAAUGGCACCACAAUAUGGUGCACUCAAUGAUGAAAUCCAACAGAACUCUGGUAUGAUCAGUUCAGUCGGUUUAAAUCAAAGACCAUUUCCGUCUCGUCCAAUAAAUUCUUAUGGAGCAAGUACUGGAGCGAUCUUUGAUCAAAAACGACUAGUUCAAACGAGUCCUACAAUUGGUUAUGGUAUGAGCAGUGGAUUAAGCAGAGAUCUACCAUCAUAUACACAAUCUCGUCCAAGUUUCAAUUAUGGUAUGAGCAGUUCAGUCAUCUUUGAUCAAAAGCCAGCAAUUCAACAAGGCCCAUCCCCAUGUUCACCUGCAACAGUUGGUCACCUUAUACCAAAUCCAGCCGAUAGAAGCAGCUACAUUGCUUGUCUUGAUGAAACACGUUAUGAAAUCAUGGCAUGCCCAGAUCAAUUGGUAUUUAAUGAUGCACUUGAUCGAUGUGAAAGAAUUUCGGAUGAUGAAGCUGUGUGUCAACAAAAUCCUUGCAUGAAUGGUGGACAAUGUUACGCAACAUCUCCUCAAACAUUUAAAUGUACGUGUUUGGAAUCGUUCACUGGUGAAAGAUGCGAAGUGCCAAUUGGUAGCUGUGCAAGACGACCAUGUGGACCGGAUGCUGAAUGCUGGUCAUUUAGAGCCGAAGAUUAUCCACAAGAUUAUGUAUGCGUUUGCAACGACAGACAGUCGUAUGGUUUAAGUUGUAGUCAGACUGUUCCAAAUCCAUGUGUACAAGAAAGUAAUGAAUUGACACAAUAUUAUCCAUUUGGCUUUAGUAAACAAGCCUAUGUUCAAUGCAAUGGUGAAAUCAGUUAUUUCAGACCAUGUCCAUCAGGUUUAUUGUGGAGUCAAGAGGAAAGAGUUUGUAAAUCACCAUUUGUCCAAGUACAACAAGAUUUUAUUGCUCAACCACGAGUAAAUAUGUACCAACAACAACCACGACCACAAUAUGAUAGUAUAGUUCCACAAAACUCAUAUGGAUCACAAAUAUCAGACAUGGGUGGCAAUCGAGUCCUCGAUAUCGGACAACAAUCUUUUGAUCAACAACGUAAAACACACAGACAUCAUAAACUACAACAUUUUCAAAAACCAAGAGUAUUCAAUGAUGUUAAGAUCUGGUCAGCUGAUAAUCAACGACAAGACGGUUACUCGCAAAGACAACAACCACAACCAGUUUUAUCGUCAGUAAUUAAUAGAAAUUCAUACCAGAGUCCACCAUCAUCUUCAGGUUAUACAUCCAGCCUAGUAGGACAAAACGAUAUUGUAGGUCGUCGUGUAAAUUCUGUAUUAUUCAAUAAUCAAGUUCAACAACCACAGGUCCAAGCAUCUUACAGACGAAAACGGCAAUAUAGUCAAAGAUCAUUAGCGCAAAAGUUACCAGUAAUGGAUGUAACAUCUCAAAAAUAUGGCAGUCAACAAUCCUAUGGUAAUCAGUAUCAACAACCACAAAUCCAAUCAUUAGCCGAUAUAUCCAUUCAACAACAACCCGUCAGUUCUGGAUAUGGUUCAUCCAGUCCACAGUUACAAUUAUCAUCAUUCAAAACAAAUUUUCAAAGUGAUCGUCCGAGUGUAAACAUGCUUUCAUAUGAACAACUUCCUUCAGCUCAAAUUCAAGUAACGUUUGCUGAUCAACAAUGCCAAGGACAACAACCUGAGACCGUUCUCCCACAUCCAGCUACAACAAGAAAAUUUAUCAUUUGUCUUGAUAUGGCUAAAGGUGUCGAACAAGAUUGUCCAAGUGGUUUGCAUUACAGUACUACAUCAGGUCGAUGUGAAAGAAGAGCUGGUCAACUCGAAGCUCCAUGUGCACUAAAUCCAUGUCUCAAUGGCGGUCAAUGUACCGAAGACGGCUCGACAUAUAAAUGUGAUUGCCCACAAGGACUCGGUGGCAAACAAUGUGAAUUAGACGUACGUACUUGUCUUCAAAGUCCAUGUGGUCAAGGAAGAUGUCAAAGUUUCCGAGUUGGUGCUGCUCUAACACACGUCUGUAUUUGCGAAGGUGAUACAUACGGUCCAACUUGUUCGCAAACAUUACCAAAUCCAUGUCGUCAAGAUGAUUCACUUCCAUUAGGUUAUACUGAUAAAGGUUUUAUUAUGUGUGAUGGCAAUCGAUUCCUUGUCGAAGGAUGCCCAGGUGGUUUAGUUUGGGACGUUAAUGAAAAAGCAUGCUUCUGGCCUGAGACUCAACUUCAAGGUAUGUCUUUCAGUUUGAUAAACUAGUUUUCGAACUGUAGUCCAUAAAUUUAAAAACCUUUCUUUUUUAUCUCAGGAGUUAGUUACAAAGGUGAUGUACAACGCCCAUUAUCUGAUGUAGUGCAACAACAAGGUUAUUCAUCUCAACAAUAUUCAAAGCCACGCCCAUUAUCUGAUGUAGUGCAACAACAGGGUUAUUCA